AUGUUAAAGAAACUAAUAAAAAAGAAAAACUAUAUAAAUAUGGAUCAAUUGUCAGAUCCCUUAGGUGAUCGUGUGAUGAAAGACGUGAAGCCUCCCAUUCAUCGACCUCUUUCCCACGAACUACUUUUCCCUGAAGAUUGCAAUGGAAAGCCAUCUUACAAGGCCCUAAAAGUUCAUUUUCAGAGAGAAGGCCGUCUUAACAAAGCAGAUGUUAUUCAAAUCAUCGAUAUGGUAUCCAGCAUCUUCCGAGCUGAAGAAAAUUUGUUGUUUCUCCAAGAUCCAGUGACAAUUGUUGGUGAUAUUCAUGGUCAGUUGUACGACAUGCUCAAAAUGUUUGAAAUUGUAUCACAUCUUUUGGUUGUGAAUUUUUACCAAAGAGACACUUAUCAGUGCUAUUUGGUCAAAAUUUUUCCAAUCCAACACUUUCCUAGCAAAAUCUUCUUGAUGAGAAAAAAUUCUAAUUAAUUUUGCAAUGGAAAUAUCUACAAUAAGAAAUGCCCGAGGAAAAAUCAUGCAGCCACUUGAAAUUGGUGGAAACCCUGAAAAUACGAAGUACCUCUUCUUAGGAGACUACGUAGACAGAGGAAUUUUUUCUAUGGAAGUCAUUAUGCUUCUCUACGCUAUUAAAAUCAAUUUCCCGCAAACGUUUUAUAUGAUCAGAGGAAACCACGAGUGUCGCCAAAUGACAACUUAUUUCAAUUUCAGGACUGAGUGCAUAUACAAGUUUGACUCUGAAAUUUAUGACAGGAUUAUGGAGAGUUUCGACUGCAUUCCCAUCUCCUGCUUGGUGAAUAGGAAGUUUCUGGCUUUGCAUGGUGGAAUUUCGCCUGAGUUGAGGACUGUUGAAGAUUUGACAAGACUGAAUAGAUUUAUAGAGCCUCCAAAACAAGGACUUUAUUGUGAUAUUCUAUGGUCUGACCCAGUUGACACCCCUGAUGGAAGACUUCCUGAAGGCUGAAGGAAAAACGAGGUGAGAGGUUGCAGUUUUUAUUUCGGAAUGGACGCUAUGAACAACUUCUUGCGCAGAAAUGAUUUAAUUUCAGUAAUUCGAGCUCACGAAGCCCAGCCAGAUGGCUUUAAAAUGCAUCGCUGGAACGGAAACAACGAAUUCCCUGCAGUGAUCACUAUCUUUUCAGCUCCGAACUACUGUGACGUUUAUAACAACAAAGGAGCGAUCAUCAAGUUUGACAACAACACCUUAAACAUCCAGCAAUACAACUAUAAUCAACACCCAUAUAUGCUACCCAAUUUCAUGGAUGUUUUCACUUGGAGUAUUCCUUUUAUUAUUGCAAAAGUCAUGGAUAUAUUUUCCACAAUUUUGAGAACCCCUCAAGGAGAGCUAAUUGUUAUUGAUGAAAAGCUGUCCAAGAGAUUCCAGGAGCUGGAAGAUGCAAUUUGGGAACAGAAAAUAGGCGGCAAUAGAGGAAAUAAGAAGUCUGUUGAGCAAAUCAUGAAGCUCUUCCAAGCUUUGAGAGAAGGGAUUCAGCCGAGCACCAUAGAGACCGGGAAUUAUACUCAAUCUAAGUCUCCAUUAAAUAUCCAGAUAAGAGAUAAGUCUGAGUUAGAAAGCACAAUUGAGAUGUUCGCUCAGGCGAGAGCGCUAGACAUGAGAAAUGAAAGGCAGUUAUAA